UUCAAGGACGUUUAUUUAGUGUUGUUUUUUUUUCUAUCAUCCUGAUUUCAGGUUACCAAAUACUGCCAAGAAAAUAAACAAACAAAAGUCUAAUUAAAAAAUGAUGGGAUCAAAUGGCUGGAAGGUGAUUCAACAACAUAUACCAAUGAUUCGUUUUAGAAAGGGUUUAAUAACUCGUGUAUUUGAGGGUGCGACUACAGCGCAGUCUGCUGUACCAGGGCCGUCAACAAAAUCAACAGCUGGUGGUGCAACGGGACCCGGUGUAAUUGCUCUACCAACAAUUGAAGAUUUUCAAUUACCAUUACGUUAUCAAAGAAGACAAAUUGCUGACUACGAAAUUGCCUACAUCAAUCGUGGUGGUCCAGAUUAAAUCAAACCCAAGUCAUCAAUUAUUCAUCAUGAAAAAAAAAUAAUUAGAAAACACUUUAAUAAAUUAAAAAAUAAACUUAAGUUUCUGUAAAAACAAA